AUGGAAGGGACAAUUGAGGAGGUCGAGUCUUUUACGAACGUCGACAACGCCGAGACAAGAUACAAAGAAUUCAAGUCUUUCAUAUUGGAAAAGGGGCGAAGUCUAGGUUUCCCACAUGGUUGUAAACCAUACGACCGGGUACUACUUCGGCCUGGAGGUCCCAACUCAACUCCAUUCCCAUAUAUUCGCUUCACUGGAUUCCGGAGUCAAGAACACGUCAAGAAAUACCAUGCGGUGUUGUCGAGAAGCUCGUUGAAGAAAGUCUACAAACCUCCUUUGCGGCUGUGCUACGAAAUCCGCAGAUUAAAGUAUCUGGCAGGCCCCAUCCAGACCCUAUCUAUCGAGUCGCUUACGAAGUGCUCUUUCAGCGGCUCGCUCGCUACGAUCGGAGAUGGAGAGAAUGCACGUAAAGUCACAAUCGGUGGGAUACUUAAGACUGGAGAGAGCUACUCCAUAAUCACUGCGGGGCAUCACUCUCAAGACGACGACGAAAGCCUGGAUGACAGUUCAUCUGAAUAUUCAUUUGAGCAUUCCAUAAAUCCUGACGACUAUGACGAUGAUAUAUAUGCACCUGUCAUUCUUAGUGACUCUGCCAGCCAUCCACCCCUGGACGACCUUACAGAUGAUUCUCAGCUCUAUCAGGCCUUCCCGACUCCAGCGUCGGUCGUGGACAUCUCCAGACAUUCAACUGAAUCCCCGUCACCGUUUCAUCCAGUGAAUGUGACCCAGCCUUCGAAUGCAUCGACGCUGGCCUGGCACAGCCCGAAACUCAGUGGCGACGAUUGGUCUCUACCGCGAUCAGCCAGAGCAUGGCUACUCGCCGGGGUGACUGGCCAAAAGCAUGUGACCAUUACCCCAAGCGAAACGCAGCUUCCCUUGCCUUCGGGUGCUUGGGUCGCAGCAUGGAAGGUUCGCUUAGACGAUGGAAGCUCUCUGCGACCCGGAGAUUCGGGCUCAUGGGUCGUCGACUUCGACGGCGAGAUUCUGGGUCAUGUGAUUGCGCAAAUAGGCGACUGCGCAUACAUCAUGCCUUUGAAGGAUGUGUUGCGAGACAUUGAAACAGGGCCUCACAGUUUCCACCCAGUAGAGCUCCCCUCUCCGUUCGAGCUCCUGAUCCAUCUGUCAAGGUCGCAGCCUGAUUGGAGAUCGGAUGUCCGCUACACAAGCCACUCGUGGGCUUUCGAUAUCGUCAGGUUCCUCCUGGACAAGCCAAAGCAGAUACAAAAUGGAAUGGUUACCAUUUUAACAGAUGUAUUGGUGAACUCGCAUUCGGACGUGCCGUCUGGACUCAUAGAGAUGUGGCAGAAGGAGAUAGAUUGGUCAAGUGAUGUGGUCAGAGAGAUGGCCAAGCUCAGUCAGGCCUGUGGUAUCCAGCCCCCUGGUCGCUUUCUAGACGGCCACGAGAGUCUCAGAGAGAAUUACCACGCAGAAUCUCUUCAUGUUAAGUAUGAGAGCUCACAGGAGGUGAUCCAAAAGGAACCUCUAUCCGCAAAGAAGAGUGGUCAGGCCAUACCUGAUUGUUUGGCCAUGUCAACUCAAAGUGACCCCUUGGCCUUCCAAACAGAGCUUCAGCAAUUCAAAGAUGGUCUGGACCACGCAGAAAAGGAGGCAUUCAAACUGGUGGACUUGAACGACCUGCUCAGAGCAAUCAAUGAUAUCCAGGCACGGUUGUUCUGGCAGAGGCGUGGCAGGAAUCUGGCAUGUCUCAAACCGUUCCUCGAGGCAAUGGAUCAGCUCGGUAAAGUGGUCGAGGUCUUUGCCAACAGCAGCGAGUUUUUGGCUUUCGUCUGGGGCCCGAUGAAAUUUCUAUUGCAGGUCUCCAGUUCGUGGUCGGAUGCAUUUUAUGAUCUUGUCGACAUGUAUGAAAAAAUUGGUGAGAGUCUGCCGCAGCUGCUGCAGACCGAACCUCUCUUUCGCGAGAACACAGCAAUGUGCAGAGUUCUCUCAUUGAUGUACAAAGAUAUUCUCGAAUUCCACCGCCUGGCCAUGAAAUAUUUCAAGCAGCCAAUGUUGAAGCAACUGUUCCAAGCCACUUGGAAGGUAUACAAGACGCGCUUCGAUCCGGUAAUAGCCAAUAUACACGAACACGGGAUGUUGGUUCAGAACCAAGCCACUCUAGCCCAGAUGGAAGAGUCUCGAAGAGAGCAUGAGGUCCAGAGACUUCGCGAGAUCUACACCUGGCUGAAAUCCCCUAAUUAUGACCAGGCUAGCAACGCUGAAAAUGACCAAAACGAGUAUUCAAGGCUCCGCAAAGACUGUCCGGGCAGUGGACGUUGGUUGUUAAGCAAGCAGGCCUUCAGCGAGUGGAUGGACCCGGCCUAUCCAGCCAUUCCACCUCUUCUAUGGAUUAAUGGAGUUCCUGGAGCUGGCAAGAGUGUCUUGACGUCCCUCAUCGUCGAGCAAGUGAGACUCUUAUCUCCUGCUCCGACACUGCUCUUUUUCUACUGCAAAGGUAGAGACAAUAACCGAGACGACUUUAUAUCUAUUGCUCGCAGCUUUUUGUCCGAGCUCCUUAGGUGUCAUCCGGAUAUUCUAUCUCCCUUCUUCUACUACAAGUUCUCUAAGAGCAACGAGGCAGUUCUAAGCAACGUACAAGACAUUGAGGAGCUCCUGAGGGUGUCGCUGCUAAACUGCGCCAAGGUAUAUAUCGUUAUUGACGGCAUCGAUGCGUGUGGGAGAGAAGAGCGCAAGAGAAUCACCUCGUGGUUCCGAGAUAUCGUUGAAAAUCUAGAGCCUCCGAACCUGGACCGUGUAAGGUGCCUUUUCGUCAGCCAGGAUGACGGUGUCGCUCGUAAGGAUUUCGAUGGGAUCACGACUCUCAAGAUCGAGCCCGCGGAUGUGAAGGAUGACAUUGAGAAGUACAGCUUGCAUGAAGCGGCCCAGAUCCAGUCGUUGUUUCAGCUUUCUGAUGACAUGAGAGAGGAUAUCGCUUCCAAGAUGAGGGAAGCCGCAGAUGUGGAAGAGAUCGAGGACGAGCUGCGAGACGAGAUGCUGCCCAAGCAGCUUGGUGAUGUAUAUGAUAGAAUAAUGGCCAGGCUGUUUGAGAGGGCCUCGAGCAAGGAGAAGGAGGCCUCAAGAACAGUUUUCCGUUGGCUGUUAUACGCAAAGCGGCCGCUGAAAUGGCAUGAGAUCCAAGCUGCCCAGGCCAUCAAUUUGGACGGCCAGUGUGUAGAAUGGGAACGGCGACGCUUCCGGGUUGAGCCCAAAGACCUCUGUGGCUCGCUGGUGGCUCUUUCGAGGGACGGAACGGUUGGCUUCGUGCAUUCAACCGCGAGAUCCUAUCUUGCAACGUGCAAACACCUUGAUCUGUCGUCAGGUGAAUUGGACCUGGCAAAUCUUUGCGUGGACUACCUAAAUAUGCCGGGCUUUCAUCAGGACACCCCGAACCUGUCAAGUCUAGUCUCUAGGGGCUAUUAUGGUUUCAUGGAUUACGCGGUGGCCCAUUGGGUUAGACAUGUUGAGGAGGCGGCAUCGGUCGCCGAUGAAGAAGACGCCAUGAUCAAGGACCUGGCUGAGUCGUUGAUGGCUCUGCUUGAUACCCAUUUCACGACGCCAAGGAAGCGAUUGCCCGUCUCGCAAGGCAGUAAAAAGAGGCUCCAGGUGUUUGAAGGCCUCCCACGAUUCCAUGACCUGGAACAGGCUGUCGUAUCGACUCGCAAAGAGCUCACUUUCUUCGGUGAGACCAGAGAGUCGGACAGGGCACUGGAUCUUGCCUUAGUAGUCGGCAACAUACGCUCUGAGCUUGAACAUGCUCUUGAUGGCGCCCAAAAUGGGCCAGCCGGAGAAGCUGAAAGCCUGGAAGUAAUGUAUGGGCCGAGGCCGUUCAAGUGCGGCAGAAUCAGCUGCCGCUACUUUUACGACGGCUUCACAACAGCACAGCAAAGAGACCAGCACAAUGACAAGCAUCUGCGCCCGUUCCGGUGUACCGUUGUGGGCUGCCCCAGGUCUUCCCUCGGCAUGGCGUCCGGUAGAGAGCUGGAAAGGCAUACAAGAGACGCACAUGGGCACCCAGGAGAUGGUGACUUUCCAGACCUGGACGAGCUCAAGAGGGAUGCACAAGAUGAUGGUGAGCAUAGUGACCAAGAGCGCACUAUAAGGCCAGCAGGAAGUCAGAUGAGCACAAAAAUGCCAAGAGCCAAGCGACCCCGGAUCAGCGAGUGGACAUGUGAUGUGUGCUCCAAGGUAUUCAGGAAGAAGUUUAACCUGACGUUGCACAUGGCCACGCACACCGAAGAACGGGGGUCCUGCUGCAGCGUGUGCGAACUGGAAUUUGAUAGGCCUAGUGACCGGAACAGACACAAGAAGACGCAUGAGGAUCCGCGGUUCGUAUGUGAAGGCGAGUUCCCAGACGGGCAGAGGUGGGGAUGUGGCCAAAAGUUUGUGAGGGCGGACAUGCUGCGCAAUCACUAUAGGACAUCCUGUCGCCCUUAUCUGUCCGAAUUUGAAGAGAAGAGCUUUGCCCAGACCGCGGGCCACUGGAAUGGACAAGAUGGUAUGCGGAGCCUCAAAUGUGGUCUAGAAUGGAAGCAUCCACAGAUACUGCAUUCAUGUGAGAGGCUGCUUGCAUACUCGUCGGUUGUCAACAACAGCUUCCCUCUUGCAACGGCUCUCUGCCUCUCCACGGGGCCAUAG